UAAACCACAGAGAAUCCCACCACAAAUCAAACUCUUAAAAAUAAACAGAAAGACAGCCCUCGUCUAUUUCUAGGUUCCACAUUCAGUAUGCCGGUCGCGGUCGGACUUCCCUUUCCCCUCUAGCGGCCACUCCACGAGUUCUGUAUCCGAGAAUCCUCCCAGACAUCAUUCACUUACCAGUACUUCUCUCCAGCGGGGUCGAGGGCAACUCCACUACGCACCCCAGCUCCUCGGCUCUUGACCCCAUCCCUACACCGGCUCCCUCAGAAUCGCCGCUUCCGCCUUGUCCAUACCGGAAACUCCCGCCCCCUCGACGCUUCUUCCAGCAAACCGGUAGAAACAGCGAAACGCGCACGCGGUAGUUUCGUGAUUUGACUUCGUUGGUAACCGGGAUGUUACUUAGCAACGUAGCGGCCUUACCAACCGGACAGGCACCCGUCCCCCAUUUUCCUCAAAAACAAAGCAAAACAAAGCUGGACUUUAUUAUUGCUCGAUGUGCCACAGUGGGUCCCGUUGGAAGGUUUGAAAGCGUCCAGGAGAUAAGGCUCCCCCUUCCCCGUCCUCAGGGGUGGACUAGAGGCUACAGCAGUUCGCCCACGCCAGAGGCAGGAGAAGGGGUGCGUAAGGCGAAGUCACAGGUGGAAAAGGCCAAAAAGGACGGUGAUACGGGGGCGCUGAGGAGGCAAGGCUGCGAGACUGAGAGGAUGGUUCCUGUGACUUUAACAACUGCAUGACGGAGUAGUUCAGACAUUUGACCUCUUCUCUUCUCAGCAGAAGGACACUACCAGUCAUGACUUCCAUAAAGGAGCAAGCGGCCAUUAGCAGAUUAAUAAGUUUUCUACAGGAAUGGGACAGUGCUGGCAAAAUUGCUCGAAGCCACAUUCUAGAAAAUUUUAUUUUUACCAACCAAGGCAAGACAGGUCCAGAACUGGAGAUGGAAUUCUCUCAAGGAGCCAGUUUGUUUCUUGCCCGUCUAACUGCCUGGCUGAGGUUAACUUACAUGUAUGGAACAUGCCUAGAGCAACAAUUGAAGUCCAUUGGCAUCUUCCUAUCUGCUGCAAGUGGUCAGCGGUACAUUAUUGAAUUCUUGGAAGUUGGUGGUAUCCUUACAUUGCUGGAAAUACUUGGGCUCAACCAAUUGAAAGAAGAGGACAAAAGGGAGUCCAUAAAGCUUCUUCAGUUAGUAGCAAGCUCUGGCAGGAAGUUCAAAGAGCUUAUUUGUGAAAGCUAUGGUGUGCGAUCAAUUGCUGAAUUUUUGGCCACUUGCAAGGCAGAAGAGACUCAAGAGCAAGUGCAGAUUCUUAUGGAUGCUUUAGGCCAUGGCAACCCCAAAUACCAGAAUCAGGUAUACAAAGGCCUGAUUGCUCUUCUAAAGUGCACUUCGCCCAAAGCCCAGCAACUGUCCCUACAAACACUCAGGACAAUUCAGACAAUUGUAGGUCAAGCCCAUCCAAGCAUUGUGGACUCUGUGCUGGGUGUGCUCCGUUCUCUGCAUUUGGAGGUGCAAUAUGAAGCUAUUCAACUGAUCAAGGAUCUCAUGGCAUAUGACGUGCGGCCAGCUUUGCUAAAAGGACUGGUUGCGUUGCUAAAGCCAUCAAGACAGGAGACUGCCAAAAUGCAAGCCAGAAUCUUGGAAGAAGCAGGCACGUUACACCUGAUGGAGUCCUUGCCAGCAUAUAUUCAGCAAGCUGCUGCAGCCAAAGCCAUUGGAAUUCUGGCCCAAGACUCCAGAGAAGUGGCCGAGGAGUUGAUCUUCUUGAGAGUAGUGCAUGGCCUCAUGUGUGCAAUGGGCAACAAAGAUCACACCAACUGCCAGAGGCAAGCCAGCAUCACACUAGAGCAUUUUGUACAGAUGUUUAUAGUGGUGGAGAAUCAUGUACAGAGGGCCAUGGGAGAAAAAUUGUUCCAGUUAUUCAUGCAAGAUUCUACAGACCUAUACCUGAACAUGGAUGCUGUGCAGGCUGAUAUCUUGGCCACCAAUAUAGUCAAUAUUCCAGAAGAUUUUUUGGCUAAAGCAAAAAUGGAUAGCCCAGAGGCAGAAUCAAAUCCUGAAGAAGAGCUGCAGCCUGAAGAUAGCAAGAUGCCUCCUUAACUAUCUAUCUCCCAAUCCUCCUCAUAUAGUGGGCUCAGUUGUCCAUUUUCACCUUCUCCUAUUUUAUCAUACGCUCCAUUCUAGGCCCUACCACCCAUCCCCACGAGAAACAGAUAUCGAUCUAUAUAGCUGCAGUGCAGAGUAUACUUGGUAUUUAUCAGCUCCAAGUGCCUUGUGGCAGGUGACUUUUCUAACCUCCCUCCCCAUCCCUUCUGUCAAAUCUGAAAUCCACUUAGUUUGGUUAUCAACCACUAGACAAAAUAAAUGUGGUACAAUUAGACCAAUCCUUCCAACACUAUAGCCUUAGACUAACAUGUGUUACAGACUUGGGAAAAUAAAAAAGGAAUAACCUAUUGCAUUCCUUACCUUGUACCUUGAGCUCCUAGGAGGAUAUCUAUAUAAUAAAAAU